GGAGGUGUAGUUCUUCGCGUUUGCGCAUGCGCGGUGGUGUGAGGUGGGGAAGGAAGGGCGCGAAUAAAAAAUGGCGGGAGCGCGGCCAAGAUGGCGGCGGGGAGCUGAGUGAGGGCUCGGCCCCGGCCCCGCCGCUCCGGAGCCCCCCGGAGGCGCCGGGGGAAGGCCGGGGGUCGCCCCAUGUCCUCGCCCCCCCCCUCCCCCCCCUCCCUGCACUCCCUGUCCCUCACCCCUCCCCCCAGAUCCCCCCCAAAAUCCCCGGAGCGGCCCCGAACCCCCCCCGGAACAACCCCCGGGCUCCCCCCCAAACCUCCCCAAAACCGCCGGAAUUCGCCCCAAACCCGCCGGACGAGGAGUGGGGGGGCGCCCUGAGCGAGGAGGAGGAGGAGGGCGCCGAGCCCCCCGGGGGCUGGACGCCGCCGCCCCCCGAGAUCCGCCGCCUCUUCGAGGCCAUCGCGCGCGCGCCGGCAGCCUGCCGCUCCGGAACGUUCCGCUGCCCGCGCCGCCUGCCCACGCCCGAGCCCCCCAGCCUGCCCGAGCUGCCCGGGGACCCCGGCGCCAGCCCCGCCCACCCCCCUCCGCGAGGAAAAGUAACUGGGGGGAAAAACGGGGAUUUUGGGGAAAAAAAUGGGGAUUUUGGGGAAAAAACCCGGAAAUUUUGGGUGGUUCGGGCGCCAUUUUAGGGGGAUUUGGAGCCAUUUUGGGGCCAUUUCAGAGGGAAAAUCGAGGAUUUGGAAAGGUUUAGGGUGGAUUUAGGAUGGAUUUAGGAUGGAUUUAGGAAGGUUUAGGAUGGAUUUAGGAAGGUUUGGGAUGGAUUUAGGAAGGUUUGGGAUGGAUUUAGGAAG